UCAGUGAUGGAGGGAGAUUCUGUCACUCUAAACACUGAUGUUACUGAAAUACAUGAAGACAAUGACAUACUGUGGAAAUUUGGAGCUGAAAAGUCUCUCAUAGCUGAAAUCAGUAGAAAGAAACAAAUCUUUUUCACAUAUGAUGAUGUUCUUGAUGGGAGAUUCAGAGACAGACUGAACCUGGAUCAUCAAACUGGAUCUCUGACCAUCACAAACAUCACAACUCAACAUGCUGGACUCUAUAAUCUGCAGAUAACUGGUGCAAAACGGUCAUCGACAACAUUCAGUGUUUCUGUCUAUGCUGCAUUCUUUUCUUAUCUGCCUGGUCCUGUCAUCAGCAGUAACUCUUCAAACUGUUCUUCAUCAUCAUCAUCAUCAUCAUCAUCACAGCAGAAUUGUUCAUUGUUGUGUUCAGCGGUGAAUGUGAGUCAUGUGACUCUCUCCUGGUACAAAGGAAACAGUUUAUUGUCCAGCAUCAGUGUGUCUGAUCUCAGCAUCAGUCUCUCUCUACCUCUGGAGGUGGAAUAUCAGGAUAAAAACACCUACAGCUGUGUGCUCAACAAUCCCAUCAGCAACCAGACCACACAUCUGGACAUUACUGAACUCUGUCACACAUUUGCUGGUUAGCUUGCCACACUACACUCAGAAAAAUGGUUCUAAACAGUACCAGGAAAGGGUUAUCCGGUUUGUAACAAUAGCAGGACCCUUUUAGUGCUAAAUAGAACCUUUUUUAUAGGGUUCCAUAUAGAACCAUUCUUUGAAAAUGCUAUAUAGGACCUUAAUGGUAUACUAAAUAACCUUUUUAAUGAUAGUUUUUCAUUAAUAUUAGUAUGUUAAUAUCAUUAAUAUUAGUAUUAUUUGUAUAUAUAGUUUUUUACCCCUCUGUCUGCCUGGUCUUAUAAUAUCUUGGUGUCUAGGGUUUACAUAAAAUCAACAACAACAACAACGUGUCAAUUAGGUACUUUUUUUAAUGACAUGGAAUUGUAGCAAAAAUGACAGCGUUCUAAGAACAAUUAAUAGCAGAAUACAUUAAUGAAUGACAAUGGACAUUGAACAUAAAUAAAUGCUUAAAGAAGUCUCUA